AUGGCAAAUGGACCAGCCCUGUCCACUGCUAAAUGUGGGGAAGUAUAUGUAGGGAGUGAAUUCAGAGAUUCCUGCACAAUGUUGGAUGUUCUCCAUGCAAAUCAGUUUGAAGGAGACAUUUUGGAUCCAGCACUCACAGGGAAGACAGAAGAGACUUUCUACAGAGGGGCCCCACCUCAGUGGUUAAACUUCUACAUCAGUGAACAAGCAGAGUUACAUGGGACUGGAACUGUUUUAAUCAAAAGACAUGGAUACACAGAGGUUAGGAAACAAAUAGAGAAUAAAAAAAAAAUUCCAGGGAUAUCAACUGUAAAACUGACACACCAACCAGGAAGUGGGGGAACUACAAUGGCCAUGCAGGUGAUGUGGGACUUGAGAAAAACCUUCAGGUGUGCUAUUUUAACUGGCUCCACCUCAGACAUGGCAAAAGUUGCAAAAGAGGUUGUCCAACUUUUCACAGCAGGCCGUCGAAACUACCAGAACACUGUGCUGUUGUUAGUGGAUGAUAAGAAAAUCCUGGAAGAUCUCAAAAUCAGCAUUAUGAUGACAGUUGCUGAGAAGAAGAUAGUUACUUGUAUGCCUGUAGUCAUUUUCCUCAGCUGUGUGAGAAACAAUGCACCUCAACAGAGUGACCACAUUGUCCUAAAGAACACACUCUCAGACAAUGAGAAGGAAAAACCCAACGAGAUGGAAGCAUUCAAUGAGAAAAAGAAAGAGCUUCAAAGCAGAUACAAAGAUAAAUGUGAACAGUUUCAUGGCUUUAACAUAAUGCAAAGUAAUUUCUCUCAGGACUACGUCAGGGAGGCAUGUGCAGCUUUAGAAAACAGCAAAAAAACAAAUAAACCUCGGAAGACACAGCUUGCUGCCUUCCUUUCCCUGCUGAAUGACUACGUACCAGGGUCAUAUCUCCUGGAGUCUCAGUGCCUGGACUUCCUAAGACAUGAAGACUAUGAUGACCUUUCACUGGAGGAUCAAAUGCAGCCUUUCAGUCAUCUCAUCAUCACAUUCCAAGAAGAUGGAAGAGCUGAGAAAAAGGUCCGCAUGGCUCACAGUAUGAUAGCACAAUAUUGUACUGAACUGUUGGCAAAGGCAGGUUUGACCAGAAGUGACACAACAAGAAACUUCUUGAACAGUUUUUGCAGAGAUAAGGAGGAUAAUUUUUUGUCCAGUUCCAUCAAAGACAUGCUAACCAAAAGAGAAAUGAAAAUCACAGAGGACCCAACUGAAGGGAGAGAUGUUAAAGAAGAAAAACCUUUGUUUUCUAAACUUAUUCUAGAUAUUAAAGAGAAGGAGAGAAAUAACAGAGAUAAAAAUUAUGGUAAAUGUCAGAGUGUGUCAGUUUUAAAAGUGGCCUCAAAUACAUUUGGUCAAAAUCCAUUUUUUCCACAAGCUCUUGCUCGUUUUUAUUAUAUAGAAUUAAAAGACUACAAUCAGGCAGAAAUGUGGGCACGAAGGGCAAUAGAAAGAGAUCCUCAAAAUUCUUUUGUUGCUGACACACUUGGCCAAGUCCAUAAGAACCACCUAAUGAACAAUGAGGUUUCUGAACUAAGAGACAUUUUGAGACUGGCCAAAAAAGCCAUUAAAGCUUUUGAAGAUGAAGAAAAACUUGCUGAAGAUGAAGAUGGACCAGACAUGAAAAAACAUGGCAAUAUAAAAGUUUCACCUUUUUAUAACUUCAGAGGGCAGUUUGGUUACCUGCAGGUCUGCAAUACUCUGUAUUACAAACUUGUCAGUCAAAAUGAAACCUGGGAAGAAGUUCUCACCAAAAAUGUAUCGAUGGGUUCUGUCCUCGAAUUACUUGGAGAAAACAAACUCCAAAGAUUCAAUGAUCUCAUAUUAAGCCUGCGAGAUGACAUUGAGAAAAAAUGCAUGUUUUUGGAAAAAUUUCAGACUUACUCAAAGCCUAAAACAGAGAAAGAUGAUCCUGAAUAUAUAUCUAAAGACAUCUCAAACUGCUACCAGAAGUAUGUUGACAACACAACUGCAAAACAACUCAUCCAGAUGUUUCAGGAGGGAAACCUAGAUGAACAGUCUGUGGAAGUGCUGUCAUUUCUUAUCAAACAAUACACUCAAUCAGACCUCAAAGACAUAUCUACAAAGUGUAGAGAAAUGUGUCCAAGUGCGGAUUCAGAGACAGCUCUGGUCAACAACAUCCUCACACUAUUUAUAGGGAAAAUGCCAUCGAGCAAAAAAGACCCACCUGAACUACACAUGUUCUCCCUCCUCUGGUACUGGGCUGGAAAUCAAGGCCAAUGUGAUUAUGACCUCAGUGAGUUAACUCAGCAAAUGUACAAGUCUUAUGAAAAUACAUAUAAGAAGUACUUUCGAAACAGGUACCUCCUUCCUGUGUUUUUCAUUGGAAAAGGUGAAGGUGUGAAGAGAAUUGUUCACAGAAGUGUUAUUGAGAAACAUCUGAAAGCGAUUGAAGCAGAUUGGAGCAAGAACUGGAAGAAAGAAGAAAUCUUCAGAAAUCCUGAUGUUCAAGAGCUCCUUCUCAGACUUGAUGGAGAAGUAAGAAACUACAAAGUGUAUACAAGAGUUGGUGGCAAAGAGAUUGAGAUGGAUGCCAAUGUGAGAAACAAAAUUUGGAAACCACGCUCAGUUACCUUUUACCUUGGAUUUACCAUCAGAGGUCCUGUGGCCUUUGCCAUUCAGCGCAAAACUGCAGACACAGGAGGGUUUUACAUGGUCGAUCGAAGCACGCGCUUAUGCACUAGAUCAGACACCAAGGACAUUGCUGUAUGGUGGAGAGAAAUCUGCCAACACAACCAUUCUACUACACAUGCCUUACUCAACUACGUUCUGGCCAAUAUCAUGCUGAUAAAUAUGAAAGAACCUCCCUCCAGCUCCGACUACCAAAGCAGCUUUACAGAGAAAAUGCCAUUGGCUCCUGAGAUGCAACCCGAGUUUCACAUGUUAGCUCUGCUGUUGUGUUGGCCUACAGAUGGUGAAGACGAAUUGGCCUCUGACCUCCCUCAUUUAAUCCAAAAUAUUCUGCAUUCCUAUGAACAAGAAUAUAAGUCACUCUUUCAGUCAAGGUACCUUCGACCCAUAUUUUUUCUUGGACCGGGUCAGGGUUUGAACAGACUUGUUCACAGACGCAACCUUGAAAUCUUGUGGACUCAAGAUGCACUGAAAGCCUCAAACACAAACUGGAGGAAUGACGAUAUUUUCACUGAUCCGACAGUCCAAGGCAAACUCCUCAGAAUUGAAGGUAUAGUGCAAGAUUACAGGCUGUAUGCAACAUUUGGUGACACAGAGAUCGAGUUGAAUGCCAACCGAAAAGACAGCCUCUGGAAAAAAGGCCAUGUGUUCUUUUAUCUUGGAUUUACAAUCGGAGGUCCUGUUGCUUACAACGUUCACAGAGCUGAGGAACCAUCAGAGAGACUUCUGGAGACUUUUGACAAUGAAACAGACUCCAGUCAGUGGACGAAGCUGAAACCUGAAGUUGAGAUAAUGGAGGAGAUUCAUACUUACAGGUAA